AUGCUGUGGAGUGACACGAACAACCCUCGCGAGGAUUGCGUGUUUUUGCGUGUGAAGUGCGCCGUGCGUCGUGGGGGCGGCCCAAAGUCGGUCGUUGAGGCACUGCGACAGUUCUUUGAGCUGGAGGAGGAGCAGCGGGCGCGUGGUGAGAAGGGCGUGACGCACAAACUUUUUAUUGAUCUUCUGCGGGAUUUUGGCAUGCGGUUUCGCGAAGGGGAGACGGAGUACUUGUGCGCCGCGUUUGACGACGACCAGGACGGCUACAUCACAUCCGACAGGUUUGUGCGCCACCUCACGGGUUUGAACACUCGACGUCACAAGGCCGUCCUGCGCGCCUGGGAGGUGCUGCCGAAGAACGAGCAGGGAGAAGUGUCGCGCGAUGAGCUGCACGAACGUUACGCUCUCAGCGGGACACGGGGGGAUCUCAGCGACACGUUUGCCUCCCCACCAUGCGUCCAGGGGGAUGUCGAGGGCACUGCCGCUGCUUCUGCCGAGGCACAUGCGGCUGGCGGUGUGAGACUCGAGGAGUUUUUUGCCUUCUUUUCCGCCGUCAGUCCGCAGUUCCCGCUGGAUGAGCAAUUUGAGUUGUACAUGCUGCGUGAGUGGGAUGCAGACGCCCCAACGAGGCCGAAGAUGAAUGAAACGCAACGCGAGUGGGACUCGAAUGGGGACCCUCUCGCCAUCUCAAAGUCAAUGUUUGUUCAGGAUGCACUAAACACGGCGUUGGGCAUGUCGUCGAAGAGUUAUAACUUCUCACAAAUGCAGCGCUCUCACCCGCACGUGGAGCCGCUGCCACCGCUGGAGCGGGACUACAUGAGUGUCAUGAAGCGGGAUUUCUGUUACUUUUUAAAGGACGAGAUUCUUACGGCAAACACGCUGUGCCACCGAUAG